AUGCCCAUCGACGCCCCUUUCCCCACUUCCUCGGAUCGAUAUUUACCAAGUCUCGUCUCAUCUGCCUCAUCUUAUCUCAUCUCAUCCCGUCCCAUCUCACGAACGAGCAUCAUCAGCCCAUUCAGUAUAAUCAUCACCCACGACGCUGACAACCACGACAACCACGACAACCACGACAACCACGACAACCACGAUAACCAUGACGAUAACCAUGACGAUACCACCACCAACACCAACACCACAACCACCAAGCCACCCCGCGAGAACCCAAGAACCAAAAAACACACAAACGUCGACAUUGCGUUUCGAGUCUUGACCACCGGAGCCGGGCGGGAGAGUAACUAA